GAGAGAGUCCCGGGCUCACACCGCACCUUCCCCGGCAGAAUCUAGUCGAUUUACGGGCGCCUAUCACCCCUGCGUUUCGGACUGGAAUCUCAAUGGGGACUUUUCUCCGGGAAGAUCUCCAUGUCAAUCACUCUAAUCUCCUCCGUCUCCUGCUCUACCUGGGGAUCAUAAUGAGGAUCAAUUUAUGGUUAGCAGGUAUAGUCUCGGCUGUUUAUAGGGAGAGUCAGUCUGGGAUCAUGUCAUGCUCUCCCACAAGGGGGAAAGAAAAGGGAAGAAGAAUAGUAGAGUGGGGAAACCCCAAGAAGCCACCGAAAAGCGAUGAUGACAGCGUGCAUCGGCCACCACCCUCUUGCAUCGACAGCCUGCUUCUCCUGUCAUUAAUCCUUCAUUCAUUCAGCAGCAACUAGCUGCGACGACUAGUACAUGGUAGGUAAGUAGGUGCCUUGUGCUCC